UGCUCUGACAUUAGUGUCGAAAUAACAAUGGUGUCGGUGAUUGCCCCGUGCCCAUUGGUUGGGUCGGGUGAAGGGGCGUGGCUUAAUUGUGUCCACAGCUGGGAAAGCCGCUGUUUGUUUGGUUCAGAUAUAAACCUUCGACAUCAUCAGAGGCACAGGCAUUCCGAGAGAAACAUUCUCAGCGCGUGCACCGUGAAGGAUACCAGCAAUCGCACGGAUUUUAUCGUCGAGAAGUCGCAGCAAUUUUUUCUUACGGUUCCGUAAUGAAGCCACAAAGCCCGAUGUCCGUGCUGCCCGCCAGCGAAGCCGCCCUUCGGAAGCUUCACGACCCGAUCCCGAUGAAGGCGCUGAAGACGGCCCUUCCCAGCUCGUCCGGCUUACAGUCACUGUACAACAUGGACAUGAACGACUGUUACUCCAAGUUGAGGGAACUCGUGCCGACAAUUCCAACCAACAAGAAGAUGUCGAGAAUAGAAAUCCUCCAGCAUGUAAUAGACUAUAUCCAGGACUUGCAGACGGCGUUGGAUGGACAUCCGGGAGUACAAGCUCUGUCGCUGUCAGUAGGGAUGGCUGAGACGAGCCCGACCGGCCGGGAUAGAAAACCUCUCGGCGCCCUCGCACUCACACAAGACGGCAACAACAGACAAACACACACACAGGCGUUGCUGUCAGAUAAACCAGAGACAGUUCUACCCACCACGAGAGUGUGCUAGCCCCAGAGAAGUCAUCCUUUUGAAUCAGGUGAGAAACCUUAGCGGUGUGCCAGAAAUGUCAUCUCCCUCCCUGUCAGCCUGUUGUCCAUCCCUCUGCAAGGACUGAAGCCAUGAAACCAACCGAUGCUGUCUUCAGCCGUACCACCAUUGCUUCUUCCUGAGAAAAGAUGGCAGCACUGGCUAACACGACAUUGUGCAAAGACUUGAGUGUUGUUGAAACCAAAGGACACACUUGACUGUUGUAAAACCUGAUGUCAACUCCAGAUGUCUUACCUAUCUGCAGAUGUAAUUUCUGCAUUGUUAAUACAGACUAUAAUAUGGACAGACUACACUGUAUUUUCCCAGCAUCUUUAAAGUUAUCAAACAUUGGUGCAGUAUAUGUCAUUCUAGCGCAGAUAGAACGUCCUAUACUCUUGCUGUGUUUGUAUCUGUAUGUGUAGUAAAUAAUAUAGUAUUUGAAAAAGAACACAAACCCACCUUAGUACUGGACAGUCAUUUGGACGUAAUAUUUCAUACUGAAGUGUCAGACCCUGGAUCUCUUUGACACAAUUAAACCCACCCAAUAUGAUGCUGUAUCAAGGAAAACAAGUGUGUAGUACUUUGUAGAUAUCUGUUGUAUAGUGACUGAAAAUGUGGUCUUAUAUUACUUUUUGUACACAAAGUUUUAAAGUUAAGGAGCUAUGAAGUGGGGAGUGAGAAAUCAAGAAGACAAAAAAAUAUAUGACGACACGAAAGAAUGUAUCACUAUUUUCGUUAAUUGAUGUGUAAUAAAAAUAUUUGUACAUUUA